AUGAAGGGAUCGAACGAAAGCUGCAACUGCAAAUCAUCGGUUUGGUUAUUUACGGAAACGAACACCAGAAUGGCGUCUUACCUCGUAAACGACGGGAAAUACGCGUUUCUGAAAGAACUUGGGCUCUCAGAGAACAACUGCGGCGUGUUCCAUGGAAAAUGGGCUGCUUCUGGUGCAGUUAUCCAGUCAGUGUGCCCAGCAAACAACAAACCAAUCGCUAACGUUCAAAAUGGAACUGUAGAGGAUUUUGAGGUUGCUGUAAAGGAGGCACAUAAGGCUUAUGAGCAUUGGUGUGAGGUUCCCGCUCCACGGCGAGGUGAAAUUGUUCGUCAGAUUGGCGACAAACUACGAUCGCAAUUGCAGAAUUUGGGUAAACUAGUGUCCAUGGAGAUGGGCAAGAUUUCUCCUGAAGGUGUCGGCGAAGUACAAGAGUACGUGGACAUUUGUGACUAUGCUACUGGCCUGUCAAGAUCACUUAAUGGGCAAAUUUUGCCAUCCGAAAGGCCAGGACACGCUCUCCUAGAGCAGUGGAAUCCAUUGGGUGUUGUCGGUGUAAUAUCCGCCUUCAACUUCCCAUGCGCUGUAUACGGAUGGAACAAUGCUCUUGCUCUAGUAACCGGUAACUCAGUUAUUUGGAAACCAGCUCCAUCUACACCACUUACUGCUAUAGCAGUGACAAAGCUUGUUGAAGGAGUUCUGAAGGCGAACAACUUACCAGGAGGAUUGUGCUCACUUGUUUGUGGAGAGGGUGACGUCGGACAAGCACUGGUGAAGGACAAACGUGUAAAUCUGGUCAGUUUCACUGGAUCGACAGAAGUCGGGCGAAUUGUUGGUCAGCAAGUGCAGCAACGAUUCGGAAAGCUGCUCCUCGAACUCGGUGGCAACAAUGCUAUAAUUGUGAAUGAUGAUGCUGACUUGAAUAUGGUUGUACCGGCAACGGUGUUUGCAGCUGUUGGUACAGCUGGACAAAGGUGCACAACGACUAGGCGUCUGUUAGUACAUGAAUCAGUUUACGAUACUGUAGUUGAACGUGUAAAGCGUGCCUAUGCCCAGUUUGAGUCGAGAAUUGGAGAUCCUUUGGAAUCAAACACAAUCAUCGGUCCUCUGCAUAACGAGGUGGCUGUGAUGAAGUACAAAGCAGCUGUGGCAGAAGCAAUUGCCACCGGUGGUAAAGUGGAGUAUGGAGGAAAGGUCCUGGAACGUGAAGGAAACUUUGUGCUACCAACAAUUAUAACUGGACUUCCACACGAUGCUCCAGUAAUUAUGCGAGAGACAUUUGCUCCAAUUCUAUACGUCAUAAAAGUGAAAGAUUUGGAUGAGGCGAUCAAGUUCAAUAACGAGGUGUCACAAGGAUUGAGUUCUUCGCUGUUCACCAAUAAUAUCCAAAAUGUAUUCAAAUGGAUGGGACCGAAGGGAAGUGACUGCGGUAUUGUUAACGUGAACAUUCCAACAUCUGGUGCCGAAAUUGGAGGCGCAUUUGGUGGUGAGAAGGAGACCGGUGGUGGCCGUGAAUCUGGUUCCGACUCCUGGAGGCAAUACAUGAGGAGAUCAACAUGCACAAUUAACUUCAGCAAAGAUUUACCUCUGGCUCAAGGCAUCAAAUUCGAGUGA